UCUAGAAGGCGAAGCGAGAGAAAAAGGAAGGCGAGAAAGCGAGAUGCCUCUGCCAAAGUGGAAGCGUCCCGGAGGAAAGGGAGAGAGAUGAUGCCAGGACCAGGACCAGGUCCAGAUCUCCCCUUAUGCACCUCUUGAACCCAGUCCUUCCUUCCCUUGGCUGAGCAGAAAGAGAAAAGGGGGGGGGGGAAACAAAACCACUGCCACCCCCAUCAUCCCCCUCUGCAGCCUUGCAAAAGAGCAGCAGCAGCAGCCCAUGAAGAGGGUGGAUCCUUUUCAAAAGGUUGAAGAGGAGAGAGAGGAAGGCUGGGUCUCAGCAAGCCAAGAAAGCCACCCAGGAUGCUGUGAAGGCUUAAAAGAGAAAGGAUAAAUAAAAGAUCGAAUUUCUCAUUAGAGAAAUAGUGGUGUUUUUUUGUCUUGCAUGCCUCGCCUCCUCCAGGGAGACCUUGGGAGCUGGAGUGGGCUCCCUGCUGCUGGAGGCCAGUGGAGAGCUGCUCUCUGUCCUGGCUGCCCAGGUUUGGAUCAUGCUCAAGAUCCUCACCAAGAAGCUCAGGCAUCAGAGUUUGAGUGAGAUCCAGCCUUUCCAGUUAAAAAUUUCCUAUCCCUCAAGUGAUGAAGAUGACAGUGAUGAUUCUGAGGGAGAGAACCAAGAACUUGCUCAGAUUGACAGAGAGAGAAGACGAAAUUGCACAUUGACUCCCCUGGCAACCAAUCAGCUGCAGAAUCAAGAAAACCAGUGUUGCAAAGUGCGGGCCCAUUUUCCUCCUGGUCUGGACCGCCACAGUUCUGAAGAGGAGCUGGAACGCAUCAGCUGUGAGUUUGCUGCUGAGAAACGGAAGUGGUCACAAGUCAACAGGCUGGCCUGCUGUGGUGAUAACUGCAAUACCUCCUCUAGUGAUGAGGAGGUGAAGAACUUGUGCGGCAUGUCCUUCCGGCCUGUGGUUGAAACUGCAGACUGCUUGCAUGCCAGUCCUAGCCCUGUGCUCUUCAGUGCCUCCCCUCCCAAAAGACUCCAGCCCUUGGUACGCACCCCAACCUCCAGGCCUCUGAUCUUCACCAGCGUGGGAGCCAGCUUUGAACAAGUGAUGCCCUACAAACGACAUCGACAAGGCUAUGGAGACAAGAUCGGUAGGCCUAGCCUUGACCUGGAAAAAAUGCAGCAGAAGAUGCUGUUUAAGAAGAAUUGUGGCACAAAGACAAGAAUCAUCAAAAUUCGUCAUAUCAAUGGGAGCCGGACACCACCUCACUUUGUGUAUGACCCAUCCACCUUUGCCUUCCGAUCCCUGAGCACCUUGAAGCCCCUGAGCCCCAUAGCUCCGGUUGAAGAACCAUCAUGUGCCUACUGAAGGAGAAAACUCAAAACUCUCAGGAAUCAUACCAACCAACUGCCCAGCAAGGACUAGUUUAAGGAGGGCAGGUGUUUACAAUAACCAUCAAUAUCCUUGGUCACAGGAGAAGAGUGACUUUUCUCAUGUUUAGUUUUUUAUCUUCUGAAAAGUGGCAGGAAGGGAAUGCAUGGGAAUUGAGUAAGCUGGGCACAUAAGCCAUAGUUCAAUUAUCAAAAUGGUGUCUGGCACACAGAAAGCUGGUGUCUUAUUGAAGAAAGUAGUCAUAUUUUCCUAAUGGGUGAACAGCUGCUUAUGUGUUAAAGUGUGUACAAUAGAGAGGUUUCUGUCGUUGCUUGCUCUGGAUCUAACUGAAUUGUCUCCUCUACAUAGGGAACAGUGGACUAAUUCCUCUUGAAAGAUGCUUGAGGUGAAAUAACCUGGCCUUAGCUUCAAAGCUAAAGUGAGAAGUACAUGGAGGUUGUAGAACUUCAGGGUUUCCUCAAUUCACAUAAGACCUGAAUGAUUUUGUUUCCACUGAGAAUAAAAGAACAACAAGGGUUUUUUUGCCCUGUGCAGUCUAGCAUGGCAGACAUUGUUAAGUUGAAAUUAUGUAUGAGAGAAAAUGAGGAAAGUAGUUUCCUCCCCUUUGGCCCCCUUCACACAUCCUUUAUUGAGGUAUGUGGAUGUCCCUUCUUUAUGUUGCUAGCUUUUAUGGCUGUAGCCUAUUUCUGAAAAACCACAACAAGGAAAUUUGAAUGUAACACCUCCUGCUUGGCCCAACGUUCUGCAGCCAUACAGAACAGCAAUGCAAAGGAUAAAAAUGUAAGGACUGUCCUUGAUUUUGUAUGGGGCCACCAUAGUAACUGGAUGAUAUAUUAUGCAGAGACAGUGGAAGAAAAAGUGUUUCCAGCCUGUUGCAUACUCAGUGGGCAUGGGUGAAAAAGACAUUUCAUAGGAACCUCUUUAUUGGCUGUGGUCUCUUCUUCUUUUUGUCUUUUUUUUUCACACCAGGGAAAUAUAUUAUUAUUCCUGUUAAUAAAUUACAUUCUGGGGUGAGAAUUAUGUGGCCUUCAAAAUGGUAUUGAACUGCAGCUCCCAUCAUUCCUCACUAUUGGCUAUAUUGGUUAAGGCUGCUGAAGGUUGCACUCCAACUAACCUAAUCCAUACUGCCUGGUGAUGGACACACAGAGAGAGACAUUUUGAGGUCUUCUCAACCAAGCACAGGCUAUACUUCUGCCAUUUUUCACAACUGGAAGUGACAUCAUCUCACUCUCAGUUGUGUAUAAUCUGCCUUGAAUCCCACCUUUGGAGAAAGACAGGUUAUAAAUUCAAUAAAUAAAUAUAUUUUGGGCUGUUUCGGUUGUGGGUUGGUUGUGACUAACAAUGCACUGCACUGUUCUUUCUACAUGAUACUGAAAUGUUGGCCUUAUUUGUCUGCUAAUAAUGUGGUGCACAAUCCUGGAAGAAUGUCUGUUGUGUCAUUUUCAUGAGGGGGAAAAUCUAGAACUGUAUUUGGGAAAUUGUUCAUGGUUUGGACAACUUUCUGCUGACUUCAACUAUUAUGAAUUCUAUUGGUUGUCCUAGUGAGUAGACUCUAAUGCAUCAAUGGAACAUAUAGUUUUGAUUUAUCAUUCAGAUUUAGGCUGUGGAUGUUGAUUCCAAUAUAGGGAAGGCCAACCUAAGCUCUCAUUGACACUGGAAUCCUAAAGUUAAAAGUUUUAAAGCUAUGAGUACAAGUUUACUGUGGUGCCUUUAGUCCUCCAUGUAAAUAUGUUGUGCCAGUAGCAGGUAUGUUAAGGUAAGUGAAUCCACAUUUUGGUUUCUUGCCACACCAUUCCAUCUAAGAGCAAUUCAGGGGUGUGCACAACUCUUCUUUCUACUAGCCUGUUAAUGAAAUAAAGGACAGGUUUUCUCUUCUUUAUCUGCUGGGUUGCUGUGAUGAGAACAAAAUUCAUUAAUGAUAUGUGAAAUGCAAAACAGCAGCAGCAGCAGCAACAACAACACUUUACUUGUUCCUCCAGUUGAAGGGAAGUAUAUAUUUUCUCUUUUAAUCCUAAAUAUGAUUUCUUGCUGGCUUCAUGGUCAGCAGUAUAUGAUAGGAUCUGCAGUCUCAGUGGACUUGACCUUUCUACAGUGAUGACAAGGGCAGAUAAUAACCUGGUUUUGCUGUUUCUGCAAAUUAGGUUUGGCCUACAAACAGCCUGUGUGUGUUAAUAGCCAGAAAAUGUAUGGAGGUGCUUCUUUCUGUGCCUAAAGCAACCAUUUUGUUUGCAGAUACUGCAGAAUGCUUUGUUUCUUUGCUAAACAGUCUGACUAUUUCUGAUUGGCCUAGAAGAUACCGUCCCAUAUGAUGCUCCAAGAUGAAGGAACGGAGGGCAGACAACCUCUGUUAAAGUGGCCUUUCUUUGCUACUUUUGUAAGCUUUCCUCUGUCUUUGGUUUUUCAAUUGAAACAAUAAAGUUACAUUUUAACUGCUGCUAUA